AUGCAAGCAAUUCAGCCAAACAGCCAGCCUGGGAUCCAGCUUCGUAAUCUCCCAGUAAAACAACUUGGAGGGGUGAUCUUUGGUUGCAAGCCUGAUACAAUUGAAGAAUGCUUCAAAAAACAGCUCUUUGGUCUGCCUUCAGUCCAUUAUUCAUAUGCGAAGAAUGUCAAACCUGGCAUGCCUUUGUUUCUAUUCAAUUAUACUGACAGAAGACUCCAUGGUAUUUUUGAGGCUGCAAGUCUUGGUCAGAUGUCUAUUGAUCCAUAUGCUUGGAGUAAUGAGGACUCAUUAACGACACCUUUUCCUGCUCAGGUUCGUAUUUGCACAAGGACUCGGUAUAUACCAAUGCUGGAGAGCCGAUACAAAACAGUGCUUGGUGCUAACUAUUAUGAUCGUCAUCUAUUCUACUUUGAGCUGGACCAUACACAGACAAAAGCUUUAAUUUCUUUGUUCAAAUCACUUCCCCCUAUUAAUUUCAAUCAAGUACCAGCUGCUUCAAGCAAAAGGAGUAUUGCUGCGUCUUUACCACCAACUAAAAGGAAGGCACCAGUUCUUCCUGACCCAAAGAAAGUUAAAGCAAAUUCAAAGGAUAUCAAUCCAUUUAGUGUUUUAUCAAAUGCAAGUGAUGGUGUUCUCGAAAACUGGGUUGAUCCUGAUGUGGAAAAUGCUAGCAUCAAUGAAAAUUUACACAGUGAUACUGAUGAGAAGGAAUUUGAGGAGCCAGUUUCUGAUUGGGAGGAUUUGGAUGACAAUGCUCUUCAAUACCAGUUUAGUCCUCAUUCAAAUCCAGAUGAGGUCAGUCAAAACUCCUCAUACAAAACUGUUUGCCAAGGAAUGGAGCUUGCUGAAUGUAUUGAUCCAGUUGUCAAUCCUGUGAAUGAAGAAAAACACACCAUGCUUGUACAUAAUGAGCAUAAAGCUGCUGUGAGUAUUGGCAAAAUAGAGAGUGAAGUUAACAAUAUCCCGGGUGGUGUUGAGCUACAGCCUGAAAGACACGCUAUCCUGAAAAAGCUGAAAGAAUUGUUUUCCAUACGACAGCAGGGGGCACUGUCUUCCCAGGAUUGUGUUAAUUCAAGCCCAGAUCAAUGUGUACCUGAAGAAACAAAGGUCAAUGCAAACCUGUCCUGUGACCCAUUUGAUGCCACCGUGGAAGAUAAAACCUCUUUUGAGGAACACCGUGGAGAAUUUGCUGAGCUUCGACAAAUCAUUGCUGAUUUAUCCAGGAGGGCUGAAGCAUUGGAGAAAAAGCAGAAAGGGUCAGAUCAAGAUAUACUUUUUUUGAGGGAAGUUGUUAAAGAUUCAGGAAGAAAAGUACAGCAGCUGGAAUAUCUUGUAGAUGAGUUACAAUUUCGAUUUGACUCUUCAUUGCCUCUUCUUGGAAGCACGCGCAAGACUUUAACCAAGCCAUCGAUAUUCCUGAUAGGUGGUUACAAUGGCGUGACCUGGUUACCAUCUCUUGAUUCCUUUUCUCCUGAGAAAGACACACUGGUGGGUCUCGCACCAAUGAGUGUCGCCCGCUCAUAUGCAUCUGCUGCUGCAUUGGAUGGUCACAUAUUUGCUUUUGGUGGUGGAGGUGGCAAGUCACCAUGGUAUAACACAGUGGAAUGCUAUAGUUCAAGGAAUAACGAGUGGAUAGAAUGCCCCUCAUUGAACUGCAAGAAAGGAAGUCUUGCUGGUAUCAGUCUUAAUAGCAAAAUAUAUGCUAUUGGUGGAGGAGAUGGAAAUGAAACUUUUUCAGAAGUUGAGAUGUUUGAUCCAUAUCUUGGGAAAUGGAUAUGUGGUCCAUCUAUGCUGAUCUCUCGAUUUGCUCUUGCCGCAGCUGAAUUGAAUGGCACCAUCUACGCAACUGGUGGAUAUGAUGGAAGCACGUACUUACAAUCAGCAGAACGGUAUGACCAAAGGGAGGGUGUCUGGGUCCGUCUUCCAAGUAUGAACACAAACAGGGGAUGCCAUGCCCUAACUGUCCUGGGAGAAAGCCUAUACGCAAUGGGAGGAUACAAUGGGGACAACAUGGUUUCUAGCGUUGAGAUCUUCGACCCUCGCCUCAAUGCCUGGAGGAUGGGAGAUCCCUUGAGCGCCCCAAGAGGAUACGCCGCUGCAGUUACUCUGGAUGGAAGCGCGUACUUAAUCGGUGGCCUGAAGUCCAAUGUGCAGAUCCUGGAUACCGUGGAGGUUUACAACGCGAGCUCCGGCUGGUCAGUUCUUGGUUUCAGUUCACUCGGGAAGAGGACCUUUGCAUCUGCCGUGGCCAUGUAG